UAAAAUCGAAUGUAAAGUUUGUACCGAAUGGACAACAUUAAUCGGAACGUAGGCACUAAUACCACUUCAAACAUAUGGAAGAUUUCAGCGACGAACUUCAUUUCUUCUAAAGCCGCAAACAACAAAACAAAUAACAGAAAGAUGGCCAAGAGUGAAAUAGAGAGGCAAAGUGCAGUUGGAACAGUAUAAGAGUUUGAAAGAGCAGUAAAGCAGUCUCAGUAAACUGCAACUAAAGCUAAACACUUUUUCUUGGAUAAUAUGUGCUUCUAACAUACAGUUGCUAAACCAAAUUUAAAGCGUUCGGUUCGUCUACUUCAACGUUUCAUGCUCAGGUUUGCAUGUUAUAUACAGGAGUUUCUUUACGUGUUGUCUAAAGCGCGAGUGUUUAACCGGAGUGGCAAGCGGUGAGCCAACGGAAAUUCAACAACGAAUGUAAAGAAAAAGUAUAGUGCAACAUUUUGCAAGUGCCAGUGGAGCAACGUAACAUGAAGAAGAGGAAUCUACUGUUCAAGUUUUUCAUACUGCUGGCAACACUAUCGUGGCAUGUGACAGCUUGUUCAGAGGCACAGGAAAAUCAUCUUCCUACGAAAGACAUUCUCAAAGAUGCUUCAGCUAAAAGAUUUACCAAAAAUAACGAUAUUGUACGAGCUGUACGAGAAUCAAUUCGACAACAUGAACUGUUGCAGCAACGCAAUAAAAAUCGCAGAUCAAAACGUGCCGUGAAGCGCGUUUGUUAUGGAGAACUCGGUUGUUUUGAGGACUCUGGUCCUUUUGCGUACCUGGAAAUGUUACCCUCGUCGCCUGAGGAUAUCAACACGAAAUUUUAUUUUUACUCCACAAAGAAUCGUUCAGAGAGACCACUCAUGGAGUUGCCUUUUCUUAACAUGACCAACGCUUUUGACAGUAUCGCAAGGGCUUCGCAUUCAAUACGACGCAGGGCAGGUUCGACAAAUGAUACACUCGAUGAACCCACAGCUACGACAACUACAACGACAACAACAAAGCGAAGCGUCUUUAAAAGCACUCCACUGUCGCUUGAUGAGCUACAUGGUUUCGAUGAGCUAUCGGUGCGUGUGAUCGUGCAUGGUUUCGGCUCUGCUUGCCCGCAUGUAUGGAUUUAUGAAAUGAAGACGGCGUUGAUGGCGGUGGAAGACUGCAUUGUUAUAUGCGUGGAUUGGGAGAACGGUGCCACUUUUCCGAAUUACGUGCGCGCUGCCUCCAAUACUCGUCUAGUUGGCAAACAAUUGGCCAUGCUUUUACAUAACUUGAAAGAGUAUAAAGGUCUGAACUUCUCCAGGACACAUCUAAUUGGUUUUAGUUUGGGAGCACAUGUGUCUGGUUUUGCUGGCUCUCAAUUACCGGGCUUAGCUCGUAUCACUGGUUUGGAUCCUGCAGGCCCGCUUUUUGAAGCUCAACAUCCUAAGGUCCGUCUGGAUAGUACAGAUGCGGAGUUUGUGGAUGUUAUACAUUCGAAUGGGGAGAACUUAAUACUAGGAGGGUUGGGUUCAUGGCAGCCAAUGGGACAUGUGGAUUUUUAUCCGAAUGGAGGGCGCGUGCAGACGGGUUGUUCGAAUUUAUUCGUAGGCGCAGUAACGGACUUCAUUUGGUCUGCCCAAACGGCCGACGAGGAGGAGGGUCGUUCUCUCUGCAACCAUCGGCGUGCAUACAAGUUCUUCAUCGACUCUGUCGCUCCGCGAUGUAUGUUUCCCGCUUAUCCAUGUAACAGUUAUGAUGAUUUUAUUAAAGGCGACUGUUUCCCAUGCGCCCAGAAUGAUGAAGACAUCGCUGAAGGGGUGCCACGUUGCGGUAAUAUGGGUUAUUAUGCUAAUCGAUCCACAGGUCGUGGACAACUAUAUCUAGUAACACGAGAAGAAGAGCCAUUUUGUGCGCAUCAAUUUAAGCUGGAGAUAUUUAACUCGUUCAAUGACCUGCCUCUAAGGACGAUCGGCCGCUUAGAAGCCACACUCGAAGGUGAGGGUGGGUUAAACGAAACAUUCAAGAUAUCAGAAAAAGACGACUCAGAAUUCUUCGCUGGUGAUAUUGUUUCGAAAAUUAUAGUUCCACACCCAGCUUUGGGAUUUCCAACCACCCUCAGUUUGCAUUACAAAUCCUAUAGCGGUUGGUUGUCCAAGGGCCUGCCGCAUUGGGAUAUUGAUAAGGUUGUAUUAACUGAUAGCUUUGGUCGCUGUCAUUCACUUUGCAAGCCAUCAACAAAACUGUCGUCCGGCACACCAGUGCGUCUAAAACUGCUAUCGGGGAAUUGUGAGUUGGAAAACCAAGAAGAGUAUGGUGCUUAUAAUGUGCCCACUACUUCGGUACCGGACUCUAGCGGACAAGAGAGCGCGCAUAAUGCGGAAACUGAUAGCAUAGAUGCCGCCAAGCAGAGCAAAGUUUAUUUUAACUUUGGUACUACCUUCCGGUUGGACGAGAAUAGCUCAUAUGCUGACCAUGAUUUACCUUGGCAACCCAUUUUAGAAGGGUCAAACUCAUUAGACAAAGACGUUGGCGAGUCGAGUCGUAGUCUCUCCAUCGAACCGACUGAAAUUUUUGAACCAGUUUUAAAUGAAGCCCGACUUGGACUCAAGAAUGCACGUAAUCUUCAGGAAUAUGGUGCAACAACAGAAGAGAUUGUUGAGCCAGUUUUAAAAGCGACAACACCAAGGGUAAAGAAAGCGAAAGAAAUGGUCUUCACUGAUCCAACGUUGGUCACAAAAGCGCCUGAAAUCAUAAAAAUAGCCGCACCUGUCGUACGUAACGGACCAGAGUCCGUUUUACAGGAGGAAGCUAUCACUGUCCAAUUGCUUCCGUUCCGUCUUGGCGAUCUGCUACAACGCGCGGAACGUUAUGCUAGAGAAACACUAUUACCAUUGAUAUCCGUGCAAGCACCGAAAUUCUUCGGCUUCAAUGUGGGCGGCAGUAAGGUUGGUGAUAGCGAGGAACCAGCACCUCUGAAGGAAGAACCACGUAAACCACGAUAUAUUCCACGCUUUGAAGAAACUUUGUUUUUGCGCGAUAAACGCGUGGAGCAAAAUCGAACUUCAUUCAAACCGAUAACAGACCUCACAACAGCUGAAUCGAAGACGCAACGUAACAUUUUUAAGCUUAUGAGGGUGGAUAAAACGGGGAAGGCUGGGAGCAAUAGUGACAGUAGGAGUAGCGUGGAUCGAUUCGGUCAAAAGCGCGCACUCAGCGAUGUUACCUAUUACACGAAUGUGAUGCUCACUGAGUCGCGAGCAUUGCGACCCGAAGAUCCCAGCUAUGAGCCCGUAUUUAUAGAAUUACCCACAUAUAAGCCGGGGAAGGCAGCGCGAAAUAGCCGAGGAAUCCAAACAACGUUAGCUGAACGAAAGCCUUGAAAAUUUGUGUCAUUUAAAAUCAAAUAAAAGCUCUUAGACUUCAUCACAAAGCUUUGGAAUUUCUUAGUUCAUUGGCGUUGGUUUAACUAAAAAAUUUAACAAUAGAUUAUAUUAAUUGUAUAAAAAACAAAAAUAUUAUUGUCAAUACUAUCAUCAAGCCACCAAUCAUUUUAAUCUGUUUUUACAUCCAACUAAAGCUAUGAUGGAAAAACAUGGCUCUCCGUUUCCCCUCCACGCAUUUGUAAGACAAUAUUUAAUUUAAUUUCAACCUAAGAAAUUUUCUGUAAAUAUUUUCAAAUCUCUCACUGUUUUCCUUUUAAUUUGUAUGUAAUACGUAAUAAUUAAUUGAAAUAAGGAAAUAAUAAUAUUGAAAAAAUGUGUAAUGUAUAAGUAAAAUUAAAUUAGGAAUGCAUAUUUUA